AUGGCUUCAGACCACCAGACCCAGGCGGGCAAGCCGCAGCCCCUCAACCCCAAGAUCAUCAUCUUUGAGCAGGAGAACUUCCAGGGCCACUCCCACGAGCUCAGCGGACCCUGCCCCAACCUGAAGGAGACGGGCGUGGAGAAGGCGGGCUCUGUCCUGGUGCAGGCUGGACCCUGGGUGGGCUACGAGCAGGCCAACUGCAAGGGCGAGCAGUUCGUGUUCGAGAAGGGCGAGUACCCCCGAUGGGACUCCUGGACCAGCAGCCGCAGGACAGACUCCCUCAGCUCCCUGAGGCCCAUCAAAGUGGACAGCCAGGAGCACAAGAUCAUCCUCUACGAGAACCCCAACUUCACGGGGAAGAAGAUGGAGAUCAUAGAUGACGACGUGCCCAGCUUCCACGCCCACGGCUACCAGGAGAAGGUGUCCUCGGUGCGGGUGCAGAGCGGCACGUGGGUGGGCUACCAGUACCCCGGCUACCGCGGGCUGCAGUACCUGCUAGAGAAGGGCGACUACAAGGACAGCAGCGACUUCGGGGCUCCCCACCCCCAGGUGCAGUCCGUGCGCCGCAUCCGCGACAUGCAGUGGCACCAACGUGGAGCCUUCCACCCCUCCAACUAGAGCCCCCGAGCC